AUGAUCUUCCGGUGGGACCCGUGCGGCAUCGCCUGUGUGCUGCUCAUCUACGUGGCCGUCGUCUACACGGAAUAUGCCAUUGUCUUCUGGAUGUUGCGGCCGACGUUUGGGGAAACGCUCUGGGGAACGAUCUACGUCGCGAUUUUGAACACAUUGCUUGUGCUUGUCGUCAUCUCGCAUGCUCGGACGAUGCUCACAGACCCAGGAGUUGUUCCGAUAGCUAAAAAUUCGGCAACCAAUAACAGACGAGGAACGCGAGACGACGGUUCUGAUUCCUCGGGAAAUGACAGUGAACAAGAAAUGAUGAUGAUGCGAAGGGAUAAUGACCCGAGGGGCGAAGAAUGGACGGUUUGCACUCGUUGCGAGACCUUCCGGCCUCCUCGAGCUCAUCAUUGUCGAAUUUGCCGGAGAUGUAUCCGGAAAAUGGACCAUCAUUGUCCCUGGGUCAACAACUGCGUCGGCGAGUACAACCAAAAAUUCUUCCUGCAAUUCUUGUUCUACGUGGCGCUAACGAGCGGCUUUUCGUUAGGAUCCGUAAUGUUAUCCUGGGCCUACCACAAUGAAAACUGGAGCACCGGAGCCAAGGGACCAAACGGGCCAAAUGUGCACCACGCGAAAGUACUUCACACCAUCGUGCUUUCCAUCGAGUCGCUACUAUUUGGGAUGUUUGUGAUAGCUGUUUCUUGUGAUCAGCUACAAGCAAUCUGGCACGACGAGACGGCUGUUGAAGCAGUUCAGCGACGAGGACUGCGCUCAACGCGAAGAAAGAAGUCGUCCUGGGCUGCGCUGACUCAAGUCUGUGGUCAUGGCGGACUACUUACAUGGCUGCUCCCCUGCUCGAGCGGGCCGCGCAUCUCCGAAUUCAGCCCCGGCGACAUCCAUACUCAUUUUACCGUC